AUGGCCCAGGGGGCCCGCAAGUAUGAGCCGCUCGUCGACAACGGCGGCGACGAGGCCGGCGCCGGCGACGAACACGCUGCGUCGAUUCUGCGCCUCCAGGCGGCGGAGAAGCUCGAGCGGCGCGCGAAGCGCUUCAUGUACGCGGGCAUCGUGACCCUCGUCGUCUCGCUGUUUGCGCUCAUGAGCGCCGCGGUGGUCCGGCGACCGUCGAUGCUCGAGUGCGACAAGAUGCUGUCACCUUGGUCGUCACUAUGGCCAGCGGUCGAACACACAGAGGGCGACUUGGUCAACUAUUUUAACCACUCGUCGAUAUACAGAGGGCCUCCGACCCUCGAGCGAGAGACGGCUUGGAACUCGCUGUGGUACCACCACGCAAUGCCCGUCAGCAGAGAGGGCAUAUACGCACUGAACAGGAGCAACCCGGACCUAUACUACGAAGUCAUCGGCAGCGACCCCGAGGAGCCUACCUACGGAGCCAUUGCCGAAGUAUUCCACCAGCUCCACUGCCUUAACCUCAUCCGCCAACACAGCUGGCCCAUCCAGCAGUUCUCCAAGGACUGGGGCGACCUGUACCCCAACUUCCUCUGGGACAACCCAGUGCUCGGUCGGAUGCACGUCGACCACUGCAUCGAGGCGCUGCGGCUGUCGCUCAUGUGCUACGCCGACAUCACGCCCGUGCUCAACGAGCACUACGACGACCCGGAGUUUGACCGCAAGGCCGACUUCAACACGCACCACAAGUGCCGCGACUUUGACCGCAUCGCCGAGUACGUGGAGAGCAUGGGCUACGACCUCCCGCCGCCGGCCAUCCUAGCCGAUGAGCACGGCGGGCACGACGGGCAUGGGAGGCGCUUCGUCACACCGGUGAAGCCGCGCGGGCGCAAGUGA